UCCACCCGGAAAAGCUUUCAGAGCAGAGCAUGUGAACAUCUGCUAACUUCUACUAGAUCAUUUUAAUUUCUCAACUUGUCUUGUUUUAUUUUGACCAACAUGUCCUCGAAAAGCCGAGAGAAUGAAGAUAAUUUUGAAGGACAGUCCGCACUCAAGGAGGAGCUGAACAAAAAGAUCAAGGAGCAGAAAGUUGUGGUGGACGAGCUUUCAAAUCUGAAGAAAAAUAGGAAAGUCUACAUCCAGCAGAGGAACAGUAACAUUUUCUUUCUGGCAGACAGAAGUCAGACACUGAGUUCAAGCAAAAGGGAACUGGACAACAUGAAAAAGGAGCUUCAGGAUUUGUAAGACUUCACUUUAACCCCUUUCACCAUCAAAAUGUGCGGCAUAUUCUGCCUGCUGAGUCUGCCUCCUGCUCAGUUUGAGUGGGAUAAAACAAUUUAUC